AUGCUAAACAGUCCUAAAGGUACAUUUUUUCUGUAUUCAUUGGACACUUCUGACAUUUCAAAAACCACUGAUAAGGUUUCAAAAAUGUUGGAAGAUGCUAUCAAUUAUGUUGGAGCAGAAAAUGUUGUUCAGAUAUUAGAAGAUUUUGAGAAGAUUUUGAAUGUGCAUAAAGUCACUAUAAAGAAGGGAAGAAAUAUCACCACCUACAUAUAUUCCAGGACUAUGCUUAUUACUUUGUUGAGGAAAGAGACUUCUGGGAGGGACUUGAUUAGGCCUGGUGCGACACGCUUUGCCACAGCAUAUUUGACUCUAUCUUGUCUUAGUGAACUUGAAACACCAUUGAGGGCCAUGUUUGAUUCAGAAGAUUGGAGGUCAACUAAGUUUGCUACUUCAACAGAGGGGGAAAAGGUGCAAAGAAUAGUAAAGGAUUCUCAAUUUUGGAAGAACAUAGUGAUAUGUCUCAAGGCUGCUGGUCCUAUGAUAGAAGUCCUUCGCUUGGUGGAUUCAGAUGAAAAACCCGCCAUGGGUUUCAUAUAUGAUGCAAUUGAUACCGCUAAAGAGAAGAUAAUAACAAACUUCAAGGGUGUCAAGAAAAGAUAUGAGUCUGUAUGGAAAAUCAUUGAUGAGAGGUGGGAUAAAAAACUUCAUAGGCCCUUACAUGCAGCUGGAUAUUAUCUUAAUCCAUACUUCCAUUAG